UGUCUGUAGUCUCCCAUUUCUCAUUCACCCAAGUCAGAUGUUCAUGGAUUAGAGUUCUUUACUUCCCUGAAGACAGGACAGCAGCCUUCAGUCACACUACAUGUGGUGGCCUGUCUAUAUCCGACUGCUGAGUGUGGAGAAUAAAAACUGACUGCUCGGUGUCUGGUCCACAUUUCAAUUUGUUUUGCUUUGAAGAAUUUGCAAGGUGGAGAAAUAGACGCUUCAGGCUCCAAUUUCAACCCAUGCUGUGCUAUGCAAAUGUUCCCUACAUGCCUGAGUGACCUUUUUGAGAAAGAGCCUUUGUGAUCUAAUGUAGCCAGGGCCUGUUCUGGGAAUAGUGUGCCAGAUUCCUCUAAAAGUGGGCAAAGAGAAUCUGUUCAGGGACCAUAUAAAAAAAACAAUGCUCUUCCUGGAUAAUAAGUCCUCAUUUCUCACCAUCUCUUGCCAGUACUUUUGGAAUUUGCUCUGCAGUUUGCUUUGGAGAAUAAUGUGUGUGCGGGGCUGACUAAGGCCGUUCAGUGGUUGGAAACCUGUCUAAGUGCUGUGGAAUUGUAGGUGAGACUAAAUGCAAACUGGAAUAAUUAGUUUCUGGGUAUUAACGUCCUCAGGCUGGUUCUCCCUAAGUGCCCUCUGAGAGACUCUAAAAACAGAUUUUUUUUUUAGUAAGGUAUUAUUGAUAUACACUCUUAUGAAUGUUUCACAUGAAAAACAACGUGGUUACUACAUUCACCCAUAUUAUCAAGUCCCCCCACACACCCCAAUGCAGUCACUGUCCAUCAGUGUAGUAAGAUGCCACAGAUUCACUGUUUGUCUUCUCUGUGCUACACUGUCUUCCCUGUGACCCCCCACACCAUGUGUACUAAACAUAAUGCCCCUCAAUCACCUUCUCCCUCCCUCCCCUCCCAUCCCACCCACCCUUCCCCUUUGGUAACCGCUAGUCCCUUCUUGGGGUCUGUGAGUCUGCUGCUGUCUAAAACAGAUUUUUAAUGUUCUUUUUGCCCCAAAUUGUGCUUGAAUGACUUGGCAUUUAAAUUGUUUUCUAUUCGUUUUGAUUAUUCUACAAAAUAAAAUGCAUUGGUAUUGAAAGUGUCAUUAGUGUUUUUAUGUUAUAAAAGAAAUACCAUUCUGAUGAAUUUCUCUUGCAAAGUGAUACUGGUGUCUUGAGGGUUUAUGGCUUUUAAUGUCUUCCUGAGAUGUUUGGUCUGUACAGUUGAAAUGCUGUUGAAGAAUUUUCUCUUUCUUCCUUUCUCUUAAGUGACUUUUUUGAUAAGGAUCAUCAUAGUUUUGUAUCAUGAAAGUUGUAGAGUUAGUCACUGUGUACUCUAACAGAAAUUCCAAACAUUGAAUUUUCAGAGAACAUAAGUAGAAUCUGAAUGAUUGGUUUCCUCACUGGUCUCUUCCACCUCCUUUAAGUUUGGGAAAAUUCAUCUGUUAAGGUGGUCAGUCUCUUAGGCACACAUGGGUAGGAUAGAGGACCCGCAGAAGGCCCUGGAGGAAUGCUUUCUUCCCAGAUCUUUGCCUCAUAGCCACCUUUAGUAGAGCGACUGUGAGCAGUUUUCUGGUGCUUGGCCUGCUCUGUUGGGUGGAAGAACCUUUCUUACCUGUUUUCAUAGUCAUAUGUGCUAUCACAUGUCUUUUUCUCCUUCCCAAGUUUUCCCUGGAACCCGGGCUCCCCGAGACCAGCGCUGGAGCAGAUGGAUAAUGGAGACUGGGGCUAUAUGAUGACUGACCCAGUCACGUUAAAUGUAGGUGGACACUUGUACACAACGUCUCUCACCACAUUGACACGCUACCCGGACUCCAUGCUCGGGGCCAUGUUUGGAGGGGACUUCCCCACCGCCCGAGACCCUCAAGGCAAUUACUUCAUUGAUCGGGAUGGACCUCUUUUCCGAUACGUCCUCAACUUCUUAAGAACUUCAGAGUUGACCUUGCCCCUGGAUUUUAAGGAAUUUGAUCUGCUUCGGAAAGAAGCAGAUUUUUAUCAGAUUGAGCCCUUGAUUCAGUGUCUCAAUGACCCUAAACCUUUGUAUCCCAUGGAUACUUUUGAAGAAGUCGUGGAGUUAUCUAGCACUCGGAAGCUUUCUAAGUACUCCAAUCCAGUAGCUGUGAUCAUAACCCAACUAACCAUCACCACCAAGGUCCACUCCUUACUAGAAGGUAUCUCAAACUAUUUUACCAAGUGGAAUAAGCACAUGAUGGACACCAGAGAUUGCCAGGUGUCCUUUACUUUCGGACCCUGUGAUUAUCACCAGGAAGUUUCUCUCCGGGUGCACCUGAUGGAGUACAUUACGAAGCAAGGCUUCACGAUCCGCAACACCCGCGUGCAUCACAUGAGUGAGCGGGCCAAUGAGAACACAGUGGAGCACAACUGGACUUUCUGCAGGCUGGCCCGGAAGACGGACGACUGACCUCCAGCCCCAGAGAGACCCCUGGAAGCCGACUGACUCUCCAGGACAUGGAAGAGACUGAUUAUGAUUUUUUUAAAAUCACAGUGUGGAAUUUUUUUUUUUUAAUAUUUGUAUAUUUAUUUGAAGGCACUGAGGACCAGAAGGAAGUUUUGUGCUUUAGCAGAUUCUUCUAUGUUUUGUUCCCUUACCCUGAGGAUGCAUGUGCCUGUUCAGAACCUCCAGAUACCUUUUUUAUAAAAAGAAGUCUGAAAAUCAUUGUGGUAUAUAAUCUACUAUUAACAGAGCUUUUUUUAUUACAGUGCUAAAAUGAUUUCUGAUUUAAUGGUCCCUAACUUAACUAGAAGGCUAAAAAAUGCAGGAAUGAACGAAUAAGAGUACUCAUGAUGCCUUUGAGAGAAAUCAGAACAUCAUGUAGGGUGACCUAGUUUCCGAACCAAUAAGCAGUAUUGUAAUAUUAAAGGAAAACUGUUCCAAUCAUUUAAAUGUACUUGUUAAGUACUGCUUUUUACAGUUAUGACAACUGUUUCUCUCUAUGCAUAUAAAUCAAGCAACCAAAUAUCUGUAGCCAUGGAAAUGUCUGACUAGAAAUAUUUAUAUUGGGUUCUGAAUACAAAAUGUCCUUGCGGUAGAAAUCUUACUUCUUAUGCCUGGUGCAGUAUAAUUCCUAAGUGUACUGUCUACCAGAAAAAAAAGAAACUAAUAAAAAAUGCAAUGUGAAAAA